GGGCGGCAUGUACCGGGGCAGGGGCGCGCGGGCGGCCGAGCCCGGCUCCCCGGGGCUCAGCACCGCGCAGCUCCGCGGCCUGCUGCAGGACGAGCCGCAGCUGGAGCGCAUCGUGCGGCUGAGCAUGAGCAGGAAGUUUCAGAGCUUGCAGCUGGAGCGGGAAAUGUGCCUGGCUUCGAACUAUGCCCUGGCCAAGGAGAACCUGUCCCUGCAGCCGCGGCUGGAGAACGGCAAAGCCUCACUGGCCAUAAAGUACCAGGAGCUGCGGGAGACGAGGGAGGCGUGUCAGGAAAAGCAGCAGCGAGUGGAGACCUGCCUGAGGAAGUGGAGCCCGCAGAGCGCCCUGAGCCAGCUCCAAGCCGCGCUGGAUGCAGCCGAGGCGGAGUCGGAGGCGCAGGUGGAGAUGUUCCUGGGCCGGGAGCUGCCCCUGGAUGCCUUCCUGGAAUUCUUUCAGGAGAGCCGCAUGCUGUCCCAUCUCCGCAGGACACAGGUGGAGAAACUGGAGCAGCUUCUGCGGAAGGAGAAGCAGCCCAGGGGGCUCCCCACGUGCUGCGAGGGGCAGCGACCUGCCCUGCUGAGCCCAGCCCGAGCCCAAGUUGCCCUGGUGCAAAACGCAGCCUCUCCCAAGAUGUUCCAGCUCCGCUAUGGCUACACACCUGCCCUGCUUGUCCCCUCUGACGCCAUCAUACCAUUCCCUGUGCCCGUUGCCCCUCCCAGCCGAAACCUGCCUCCCCUGGCCUCUUGCUCAGGCCAGUCGCCACCGUCUCACUCCAGCAUCCCAUGCCUGGGCUCCCCUCUGCGUCUGAUUGGACACAUCCCCCUGCUCAGCCCGCGGCCUUUCCGCGUGCAGCAUGCGCACCUGUCUUACCCACAGAAGCAGGAGCCGCCUCACCGGUAGCUGUUGGGGCGAUGAGAUGUCCUCAGACCCGAGUCCUUGACGCACCAGCCGACCAGUGCACGUGAGCUUCCUGUGCUAGAGAACCAAUGUGAACCAAACACAGCCCCUGCCAGCUGGGCGGCUCGAAGGCGUCGUUCACUCCCACCCUGGGGUCUCAGGAAGCCUCCAGGGGGCGCUGCAGUCUGCGGGGGUGAUGUAAUGAACUGCUCCAGGAUGCAGCUCGCAGUGGGGUCUGUGUGGCUGCCAGGUGGCCAGAGGGGGGAGCGUCAGAGGCAGCCUGGCAGUGGUUAAUUAUAAUGGGCAGGUGUUGCUAGGGGGAGUUCAGGCUGGGGCGAGGGGGGUUGUCAGAUGGCAGUGUCAGUGGGCGCGCAGCAGGCCUGCGGGGGUCGGGGGAUAUACAGCGUGGGGGGCUGGCUGGCAGAUUACAGGCACAGGGCAGGAUCCCAGCCGCCCUGCAUGGGUUGGAGGUGAAUGUGAUGAGAGGAGGCUACGGUGACCGGGAGGAGGGCCAGAGCAGGUCCGUGGGGCACAGAGGGGAAUGCAGACCCAGGCAGGGGGCUGAGGUUACAGUGAGCAGGAUAAGAACAGGGCCAUGUGGGGUGCAGACGACUCAUGGAAGGAGGGCUCCUGCUGUCUCCCUCCCCUCCCCGCUCUGCCAGCCUGUGGGUGUGAGCGAGAGAGGGGCAUGAUAGCCGGGGCAGGGCUGUGGGAGGCGUGAGGGGCAGGGCCCUGGUGCCACGCUGUACAGUGCUAGGGCCUCCCAGGCGGGUACGUGGCGGUUUGUCGGGGAACACGGGGCACCAAGAUCAUUUUCCAAAUAAAGGCGCUUUCCAGUCUCUCUUCUUUGCCUGGGGCUUGUGCUGUGGGAGGAGGGGAAUUUGCCCUCCCAGGAAGGUCACUGAGUGCCCUUGGCAGCAGG